UUUGACGAUCGCAUCUAUUUUAUUUCCAUCUCUAAUAUUCAUCUGUUGCUUCAACGUCUUGCGAGUUUAUUUUUGUUUCUCUCUACGGUUUUGUGUUUUUCUUUAUUUUGAAAAAUACUAUAAACCAUUUCAAGGAAUUCCAAGAACAGGAAAAAUCGGACAAAGGCUCAACACAAUGGAGUGAAGGGUGGGACCAACUUCCAAGAGGAGGAUCGGAACUCCAAAAAAAAGGAGCGGCACUCGAUUUUUUAAAGGCUCCAUUAAAAUUAAUAAUUUAAUUUAAAAAUUGUUCCCAAAUGAAAAACAUGGAACUGUUACUGCUCUGCAUCGUUGUAUUCAUCGGAGGCACUGCCUCCAGUUUGGCCAAAUUUAGCAGCACAACGCCGGCGAGCGUGAAGAAAUCGGACGUGGAGCUGGAGGCCAUUAAUGGCACCCUCAAUUUCCGUCUCUACGCCAAACAGGGCAAAGACGAUAAGCCUUGGUUUGAUGGCCUCGACAGCCGACAAAUCCAGUGCGUCCGGCGGGCCCGCUGCUAUGCCACCACCAACCUCACCAACACAUGCUUUGGAUCCAAAUUCCCCCAUGAGAUGAGCAGCCUCGAUCUCACAGACUUCCACACCGAGAAGGAGCUCAACGACAAGCUGAAUGACUACCAGGCCCCAAGAAAAGUCCUUCAAAUUCACGUCGUCCUAGUCGAAAUACAGAUGCCAAAAAACCAAAAAAGGAUAAUAAGGAUAAUGAUGAUAACGAUAACGAUAAUGCAGAUAACGAUGUUACCGAUAACGAUACGUCCAACGGAAAACCGGAAAAGGAAGUGGUGCCCGCUCAUUGUGAUGUGACUAAGAUAAUCGAUAUCCUCCAAAAGACUGUGGCUGGUCUGGAAUUUGAAAUAAAUAAGAGGAAGGGCCGCGAAAGUACCACCAGUUUGGCUCAACCACAAGCCCAGCCACCAGCGCCACAGGUGCCUUAUAAUGUGGCUCCACCGCCCGUCAAUUACCAACAGAACUAUCAGCUCCCACAAGCCAACUCCUACCAAAAUCCAUAUUAUUGUCCACCGAACUGCACCUAUACUGGACCAAACCCCUACCAGCAAGGACAAUUUAAUCCUCCCAAUCCAAAUCCCUUUCCAACCAUCCCGCCAUUCAAUUAUGUCCCACCUACAGUUGGUUUUCAACCAAGUUUCGCCAGGCUUGGACAUCCUGACGGAGGUCCACCUCAGGACAACUACCCCAGAGAUAGGUAUGACUACGAUGGCCAAAAUUAUUCCAAUACUGAUUUAAACUGGAGGCGGAAUCAACAGAAUAAUAAUGGUUUUGAAAAUCGAUCCAGAAACAAUGUGGGCUUUUCGGAUGUUUAUGAUGACGAGGAAUGUACUUGUCCAGAUCGAAGGUUUCCAAAUAAAAAUAAAGAAAUGGAGCCCGAA